GGCUCCAACUAACAUUUUUAUUCGGAUUCUCUCACCGCCUCCUGCUCGCUCUCGCUCUCUCUCUCUCUCUCUCCUCCCCCUAAUAAACGGCGACAUUUCUGAGCCUUCUUUCUCUCUCCUCUCAAAUUCUCUAACCCUAACCCUAACCCUAGAGGUUAGAAGAAGAAGUAGAGGAGCAGCAUACCUCAGCCAAAGGUGUUUUAACUGUAUAUAAGAGAUAAAAAGAGACGAGAAAGAUGCGGCGUUGGCUAUGUUGUGCUUCUAGUAUCAAUGAGCAUCAUCAUGCUGAUGAGAAUCAAGCCUUUAAAAGGCCAGGCAAUUAUUUAGAUGGAAUGCAAAAGGGUUCAAAACCUGCUGGUGAAGCCAAAGAUGAACCAAAGAAGACCAUAAAUAUUGAAGUACCUAAAUUAUCUUUAGAAGAACUAAAAGAGAAGACUGACAACUUUGGAUCAAACUCUUUGAUUGGAGAAGGGUCUUAUGGAAGAGUAUAUCAUGCAGUUUUGAGCAGUGGGCAGCAAGUUGCAAUAAAAAAACUUGAUGUUUCAGCAGAGUCAGACUCAAGUCAAGAAGAGUUUCUGACCCAGGUCGAAACUGUAUCUAAAUUGAAACAUGACAACUUUGUUCAACUACUGGGAUAUUGCGCCGAAGGAAAUUUCCGUUUGUUGUCCUAUGAAUUUGCUACUAUGGGUUCACUUCAUGAUGUUUUGCAUGGUAGGAAAGGGGUUCAAGGUGCCCAACCGGGUCCCGUGCUUGACUGGAUGCAGCGUGUGAGGAUCGCUAUUGAUGCAGCAAGGGGUCUAGAGUACCUUCAUGAGAAGGUUCAGCCUUCUGUAAUACAUCGGGAUAUCAGAUCAAGCAAUAUUCUUUUAUUUGAAGGUUUCAAAGCAAAAAUUGCAGAUUUUAAUCUCUCAAAUCAGGCUCCUGAUAUGGCUGCUCGUCUUCAUUCAACUCGUGUCCUCGGAACUUUUGGAUAUCAUGCACCUGAAUAUGCUAUGACUGGUCAGCUAACCCAAAAAAGUGACGUAUAUAGCUUUGGGGUUGUGCUUUUGGAGCUCCUAACGGGCAGAAAACCAGUUGAUCAUACCAUGCCUAGAGGCCAACAGAGUCUCGUUACUUGGGCUACUCCCAGGUUGAGUGAGGAUAAAGUUAAACAGUGUGUGGAUCCGAGAUUAAAAGGAGAAUAUCCACCAAAAGGAGUUGCUAAGCUUGCAGCAGUUGCCGCUCUUUGCGUGCAAUAUGAAUCUGAGUUCAGGCCCAAUAUGAGUAUUGUGGUCAAGGCACUCUCCCCUCUCCUUGGAAAUAAGCAAGCGGCUGCACCUGCUCCACCCGUGGCAGUUACCAGUGCCAAUUAGUUUCCUUUCGUCCUUCUCUGCCUGUGCAUGCGAGAGAAAAUUACCUUGGGAGUUCCUCCAUAGAAAAAUCAUACAGGGAGAUACUUCCAGUACAGAUUUUAAAGUUGGUGCUUAAUAAUCAUCCAACUCCUAAGUUUUUUGCUGCAACACAUGGUGCUUCAGGAUUUUCUAAGUGGAGAUCCCCUUCAUAUCUUUUGAUUUUCAAUUAAGGACAAGGAUUUUUUCCCCCCUUCUUGCAAAUGGCCUCAAUGCGCUGGCAUGAAAAAAAAAUAAUCAUUGACUUUCGCCUAUUUGUUAUAUAUUGCAUAAUGAGUUGGCAUGGCCAACUCAUUAUGCAAUAGGGAGGGGACACCUCACAUGUCCCCUCUCUUGGUCCCAUAUUUUUUGUCCUUAAAUCAUUUUCCUUUCUUUUAUAGUACUCAUUUGGCUCUCACAUGUGGUGAUAACGAGUGAUAGGGUUGCCUAUUCGCCUUAGCACAGGAAAUAGUCAUUAACUUAUCCUUCAGGCUCUAUAUUUCUACAUUGUAUAUUUUGUGGCACUCUUUAGCCUGUCAGACGUGGUGGGUAGUGUGUGAUGAGUGUUGAUAGGAUUUUUUUUUAAUGAUGAGCACCUACGUAAACAAAAAUGUUGAUUUGGCCGAGCAUUUUGUUUCCACGGUGUUGUGGGUGAUGCUUUUUGAGCCUUAUUUCCUAGUUUCUGUACUUUGUUAUCUUAGUACUUGCAACUCUUUGGACAGGAAAAUGAUUGAAGUGUUGUGGUUCACAUGCGACUCA